AUGCAGCACGGGAGGCUUCAUAAAAAAGAAUUUGUUUAUACGCGUUUGCUGGUUAAGGAGCCUGCUGCUGCUGCUGCUGCUGCUGCUGCUACCUUUGCUGCUUCCGUCGCUGUUACUGCUGCUGCUGCUGCAGCACUAGCACACGUACUCAACGAGUUGGGGAACCUCUUGCUGCUGCUUGAAGAGAUGGGUCGUGCUGAGCCGCAGCAAACUGCGUUGUCUUCUACGGUGCUCCCUGCUAAUCAGAGCAGCUUCUCUUCAUUGGAGAGCUGCGCCGGCGCAGUAGCAGCUGCAGCAGCAGAGGCAGCACCAAACAACAAGCAUGUACAGAAGGGCUGGCCUUUGACAGUCGACAGCAGCAGCUGCGCUGCAGCAGCAGCAGCAGUUCUGUCUGGCUGUCCGUACACUGCACUCGCCUGGAAGGAAGGGGGAUGCCCCGCAACAGCAGCAGCAGCGGCUGCUGCUGCUGCUGCUCCUUGCUGCCAUUCAGAUUCAUCGAUCCUCGCUGACGGAUGUAUGUGUGGGUCGGAGCAUCACCUUCAGUGCCAUCAGCAGCAACUGCUGCAGCAGCAGCAGCUGGCGCAGUUGUUUAGCUGCUGUGAUACAACAAGCGUUGAUGGGCUGCUGUUGGGUUUGCUGGCGAAGAUAACAGCGGAGCAUCCGCAGCUGCUGCAAGGAAAAUUUCUAGCGUUUAAAGAAACAACCGAAAAAGAGCAUUACCCUGUGUGUGUAAAGGAGCUGGCGCUGAAGACGGCGGAGAUGCAUCAUCAUUACCAUCAGCAGCAGCAGCAGCAGCAGCAGUUGGCAGCUCUAAGCAACAGCAGCAGCCAGCGGAUUGUAAUGAUAGGCCUUGAGUGCAGCAGCAGCAGCAGACAAGUGCGGCUGCUGCGCUGGGCCCGCCGUCAUUUGCUGCGAAGCGGAGAUGUUGUUGUGUUGGUUUCCUGCUGGGAGCUCGCCAGAGACCCCAAAUAUGUUCGUGUACCUGGCAUGAUUCUCGCAGCUACUUCAGCAGCAGGAGCAUACAACCGACAGCAGCAGCAGCAGGUGCAGCAGCGGCUAAGGGACCUUGCUGAAUCCGCUCUUAAAGGCCUCCACGUAUACUGCCUCGCCGUACCCAUCAUGCUCCAACGCCUAGCUGCUGCUGCAACAACAGCAGCAGCAGCAGCAGCAGCAGCGAAAGCAGCGGAAGCAGCAAAAGCGGAAGCAGCAGCAGAUUCCUAA